UCUUGCGUCAAUCCAGUUGUACGACAAGAGUGGCGCGCCCUGACGACGUUGGAGAGAGAGGAUUUCGUCCGCUCGGUCAAUUGUCUGGCCGAGACGCCUUCGCAGUGGACACGCAAUGGGAGCGUCAAUGAUGAUUUCGCUUACCUUCAUGCGACGAUCGGGUCGUGGUGUCAUCGCUCGGCAUCUUUCCUCCCCUGGCAUCGAUGGACACUGAACCAAUGGGAGAAAACGAUGCGGCAUCACUGUGGUUACGCAGGUCAUGUUCCAUACUGGGACUGGACCCUCGACUGGAUGAACGUCGCCAACUCCUCCAUCUGGUCUCCCACCACCGGUUUCGGCGGCAACGGCAAUGCCAGUGGAGAAAUCACCGUAGGCAACGGCACAUGCGUCGAGGAUGGUCCUUUCGCCCAUCUCCGCCCCAUCAUGUACAAUCACACCUACAUAACCCACUGUCUCUCGCGCGGCUUCUCGGACAACGGGGAAAUCGAUGGCCAUUGGUAUAGUCCCGAAGCCAUAGGACGACUGAUGCGGCAGGAGAGCUAUCGAGAUUUCCAAGCGGAUUUGGAGUUCCGGUUGCAUAAUACUUUGCAUCCGAGUAUUGGGGGGGAUUUUUUGGCUUUGACUGCCGCGAAUGACCCUUUAUUCUUCCUCCAUCAUGCCCAGCUCGAUCACAUCUGGUGGAGAUGGCAGCAACAGAAGCCGCGAGUUCGGUUGCGUGCGUAUGAAGGUCGGCAUAUGUUUAAUUCGACCGACUACAAUGCAAAUUUACAAGAUUUGCUUUUGUUUGGGGGGUUCUUUGAGGAUGUGCCUGUUUGGAGGGCAAUUGAUGCGGGGAGUGAGGAGCUUUGUUAUACUUAUUGA